AUGGCUCAAGAAAUUGAACAUUAUCUAAUGGAACAAUUCGAGAAUGUUCUUGAUGGGAAUGACAAAAGUAUCUCCAAGAUUCCCAGGUACAGCCAAUUUCAAGCAAUAAAAACAGUGCUUAAAGAAAUUUUCAGGUCAUCCUCCUCGCUUGUAGAUCAACCACUCAGGGACAAGCUAUACAACCUCAACAAUGCUUUGACUGAGUGCCAGAUUCUAUCAAGGAAACACGGUUUCUACUCUCCUGAGGAGCUACUCACCAUCAACAGAAUCAGAAUGGAGUUGAAACAGAUCAAAAAGGAACUCAAGACUAUCCUAGGAAACAGUAAUAGAGGAUCGAAUCGGAACAUUGAUGAACAAGUUGUAAGUAAUGUUGAUUCCAUUAGCUCAAAGGACAUAGAGCCUUUCAGGUGGCCAACUCGUUCAGUGGAUGCAUCCAAGGUGUAUGGAUUUGACGAUGAUGUGUUGUCAAUGGAAAAGUUGCUUGUCCAACAAGAAAGUCGAGAUCGAUUCAAGGCAAUAGGCGUUGUUGGUAGGGAAGGGAUAGGAAAAACAACACUUUGCCAAUUGGUAUUCAACAAACCAGAGGUGAAAAACAACUUCCUUCCAAGGAUCUGGGUGUGCAUGGCCAGAGACCCGGAUGGCCACGAAGGUGAAGAUCUGAAAGUAGCAAUUGUCAAAAGAAUGUUGGUGUACCUUGGAGUUGGAAAGGAGACGGUGAAGUCCAUUUUCGAUGAGAAGCAUGGCCUCGAAGGACUGCUGUGUGCUCUCUACCAGCAACUGGUGGGCAAGAGGUAUCUGAUUGUGCUUGAUGAUGCUAAGGAGACCGAUUCAUGGUACGGGCAGUUGGAUUCUUGUUUGAGCCGUGAUAAGAAAUGGGAUGAUGGGUUUGCAUUUGGAUUUCCAAAAGGCCAUGGGGGAAGAGUCAUAGCUACAAGCAGGAAUGAAGAAGUAGCAAAGAUGAUGGUUGGGGAGAAAAAUAUACACCACCUUUUGCCACUUUCAGACCCCGACAUCUGCUGGGCAAUUUUCGAAGACACGGUUGAGGAUAGUCGGGUUGAGGAUGAGGAUGAUCGGGUUGAAGUUGAUCGGGCUCUAUUGAAUGCCUCAAACUUGGAUGAUCUGAAGUUGGAAAUCAAACUAAAAUGUGGUGGCCUUCCCUUAGCAGCAAAAAUGAUGGGACAGGCAAUGCGGACGGACCGACGGAUUAAUUUAUCCGAAUUUGUAUUUGAUCUUCAUUAG